UAACAGUCUAAACCCUCUUUCUUGUUCCUUUACCUCACACAAAGCCCCUCAUCUCUCUGUCUCUUCCUUCAACAAGGGCCAAGCCUGGUACGAUCUCUAACAAGGAAGCCACGGGCAACGGCUUUGAAGUGACUCACCCACACUACAGCACUGGUGUUGGCCGCCACGUUCUUGUCGCUGAUCUGCCGUGUGGUUACAUACAAGUCCGAACAAGGUCCAAGAGAAAGUGCAUCAUCACAGUUGUGUUCCACAUUAAUCUUUCUGCACCACCAAAACAAUGAGAAAUGGUCAAACAUCCUGUUACUCCCUUUCUCAACCAGUUUUUGAAUUUCUCAACCAUCAGUCAAUGGAACUCCAGCAUCAGAGAAGCUGUGAACCAUGGUUAUGCUCACAAAGCCCUCACUCUCUUCUGUCAAAUGAAGCAAAAUGGCGUGGAACCAAACAAUUGGACAUUCCCCUUUCUAGCAAAAGCGUGUACCAAGGUCUCCAAUUUCAAAUGUUCCCAAAUCAUUCACAGCCAUGUCAUGAAAUCUCCAUUUUGGUCCGAUGUCUUUGUCCAGACAGCAAUGGUUGACAUGUAUGUCAAAUGCAAUCAGUUAGAUGAUGCGUACAAUUUGUUUGUGAGGAUGUCCAUGAGGGAUGUGGCUUCUUGGAAUGCAAUACUUCAUGGGUUUGCUCAAUCGGGUUUUCUUGAUAGAGUGUCACAUCUUUUGCAUGAUAUGAGGUUUUCAGGGAUUCAGCCUGACUCGGUUACAGUUAUGGGGUUAACUCGGGCAGUUUUGCAUACAAAGAGUUUGAAAUUGGUGAAAUCACUUCAUUCGUUUGCAAUUCAAAUUGGCAUAGAUGUUGAUGUUCUGCUUGCUAACACUUGGAUUGCUGCGUAUGCCAAAUGCGGUGACUUGGGGUUGGCAGAGGUGGUAUUUAAUGAAAUUGACAUAGUUACAAGGACUGUUGUCUCCUGGAACUCCAUGAUUGCAGGGUGUGCAAAUUUUGCGAAUUUCUUUGGCGCUGUUAAUUAUUACAAAUGCAUGCUGCAUGAAGGAUUUAGACCUGAUUUAAGCACCAUUGUUAGCCUACUUUCAUCAUGUGUGCAACCAGAGGCACUAUUUCAAGGUAUGCUGAUUCAUUCUCAUGGAAUCAAAUUGGGUUGUGAUCUCUAUAUAUGUGUGGUCAAUACUCUUGUCUCUAUGUACUCCAAGUGUGGAGAUGUGGAUUCUGCAAGAUUUUUGUUUGACAGCAUGUCUGAUAGAACUUGUGUUUCAUGGACUGUUAUGAUUAGUGGUUAUGCUGAAAAAGGGGAUAUGAAUGAGGCAUUGACCUUGUUUACUGCCAUGGAAGCCGCUGGUGAUAUACCAGAUUUAGUUACCAUGCUUUCUUUGAUCUCAGGUUGUGGACAAAUAGGGGCACUUGAGCUUGGAAAAUGGAUUGAUAACUAUUCUAUUUCAAAUGGAUUAAAAGAUAAUCUAAUCAUUUGCAAUGCAUUCAUUGACAUGUAUGCAAAGUGUGGUUGUAUAAAUGAUGCUCGAGAUCUCUUCUAUGCCAUUCCUAUGAGAAGUCUUGUCUCUUGGACAACUAUGAUUGCAGGUUGUGCUUUAAAUGGAGAAUUUACAGAAGCUUUGAACCUUUUCUCUCAAAUGGUGGAGUUGGGAUUGAAACCAAAUCACAUUACAUUUCUUGCUGCUCUUCAAGCUUGUAGUCAUGGAGGUUUGCUUGAGAAAGGGUGGGAGUACUUUGGUAUGAUGACUAGAAAAUAUAAUAUAAGUCCUGGAGUAGACCAUUAUUCCUGUAUGGUAGAUCUUCUUGGACGAAGAGGAAAACUAAAGGAAGCACUGGAGUUCAUUCACCUCAUGCCUAUCAAUCCUGAUGCGGGCAUAUGGGGUGCAUUGCUUGGUGCUUGCAAGGUUCACUGUAAUGUAGAGAUUGGUGAAUAUGUGUCGCAUCGUCUCUUUGAAUUGGAGCCCCAGGUGGCCGUUCCAUAUGCGGAGAUGGCUAACAUAUAUGCAUCAAAAGGAAGGUGGGAUGGGGUUGCGGCAAUAAGAACAAUGAUGAAAUCUAACAAAGUGAGAAAAUCUCCUGGACAAAGCCUCGUUCAAGUAAAAGGGAAGACUCAUAUAUUUACGGUUGAACAUAGAGAUCAUCCCGAAGGCAGGCUUAUAUAUAUGAUGUUGGAUUCUUUAAAUUUGCAUUUGAAGAAAGCAAGAUUGCAACUUUCAUCUGAAGCUGAUAUGAAUUGCAGUGAAGCCACAUUGUUUUCAAGUUGACUAGAAGAAUAAUAUAGCCUUCUCUCUCGUGAAAAUUUCCUUCCCAAUAAUAUUUAUACACAAUUUUAUUGAA